UUGAAAAAUGGAAAAACACGACGCAUCAUGUUGUCCAUAUAUUUUAAUAAGAAAAAGUCUUGUCCUUUUAGAAUCUAACAUACCUACAAACGAUAACAGAAUCAUUAAAAUACUAAACGAAUUUUUAAAAUGUACGGGUUCAUCAUAUUGGCUUCAAGAUUUGGACCCUUUGAUGAGAGUACUUGAACUGAUCGUAAUUAACCAUCUAGAAAACCCUGACUAUGACCAAGUUUUGAAGCUGUUACUGAAGAAAUGCGUAUGUCUUCCUAUGCUAACAAAAACAUCAGACAUUUUAACAUAUUCCAGAGAGUUUGCAGAAUAUUUUUCGGUACUCGGAUUUUUAUUGGUGUACGUUUCUUCCAAGAAUAUGACUACCAUGCAAACAGCAAUAUCGGAAGUAUUUAAACAUUUAUUCGAGAGGAACGAAUCUUGUUUCACGAAACAAACCGAACCAUCCAAGGAAGUAAAGGAACGAGAAACAAAACGGGAAAAUAUGGUAUCCCUUGAAGCUUGCGUUGCUGCAAUUGAAAGAAGCCGACUACCAGAAAUUUUGGGCCAACUACUGGAUAUAGUAGGGGAGAAAAGUUUCGAACAUCUAAUAAAUUUCUGCAUCCACUUAAUUAGUUACUCGAACGAGUGUUGUGAGAGAUUAUUGAAAAUGGACGCUUUGAACAGUGUGUUGGUGCGUUUGGAACCAACGUGGCGUGAGAGAUUUCCUUCGACGGAGCCACCUGAACUUACCGAUUCGAGUACCCCACAACACUAUUCCAUUAUAUCGGAUAUCACUUGGAAAUUCAUGAAUUGUAUUUCGAAGAACAGUGAACUAACUAAAAUUUUAAAGAUACCUAAGGUUUUCACUCUUUGGAGUAUAAAAUGGGCUAUUUGGUUCUUUAUCAAGAGACACAACAAGAAUGUCGAUAGGAACAACAUUUUGGCUAUAACGUUGAAUUUGGUCAAAUACUUUCCGAGUUUGAGCUUCGUGAAUUCUGGUUUAGGACUAGAAAUCGUCGAAUUAAAUAAUCUUUGUGAUAUACCUGGAAAGCAUUUUAGUUUAAGCAACACCCACGAAGACUUUGAGUUUCGUAAAAUGUUGCUUUUGUUUUUACCUUACUUAAUUCGCGAAGGACCCAGAAUAAAGUUACUUAUUGAACGAAAAAUAAUUCGCAUACUUUUAUUGAAUGUAAGCGGAAAACAAUACGUACAAUGGCAUCAAAUCUACAUGAAUCAAUUGCUGGUGUUGAUUCAAAAUAUCUUCCGAUUGCUUGUGUCUAUAGACCAUAACGAACUACGCGAGGAAUUUAUAGAACACAAUGGACCGCAAAUAACGAUGAAUCUCGUAAAUCAAAGCUCUAAGUACCUUGAAUCUGGAGUACUUGAGGCAUGUUUGGGAUUUUUAUCUCAUGUUGCCUACAGUGGCAUGUUUUUUAUUGUCGAAACAUGUUUAUACCUUGACAAAUUGGACAAAUAUACAGAAUUUGCUAUUAAAAUAUUAAGGCAACCGAAACUUACGAUAAACGACCUGAAAAUCUUGCAGGUGAUUUUUGCUUUGCUUGCUGAUGUGAUACAUUUUGUUAAAGGCGACAUAAAAACAAUGCACGUUUGUAUUGCUUACCUUGCAAGAUAUCUUCAUCCGGAGACUCAAGACAACGUCCAUGAUCCGAGAGUGAUGAUUUGCGCCAUCAGACUUCUUUGGGUUAAUGUUCAUUUGGACAGAGAAGUCGAAAGAUUCAUUAAACAUGAGGGCGUGUUUUAUUUAUUGGAUGUUUUGGAGGAUACAAUUUAUCCAGUAAAAAUAGGUAUAUUGGGAGUUUUGGUGGAUUUAUGCGAGAGUGGAAUUUGUAUUCCACACUUGCUUACGUGGAGGAAGAACGGGAAAAAAAUCCUGCCCCUUCUGAUGGAAAUUUAUAGAGAGGAAUCUCAGAAACUAGGUGUAGCAACUGGACCUAAUGGAGAAAUUGAUGAUCUUGAUAAUCCAAUCAUGGGGGUACAACAAAAAUUAGAGACUCAUUGUGAAUGCGAAGACAAAAAGUUUACAAGUCCUGUAAUUUCGGAGAUGUUUGGAAGCUGUCGUCCUAAAAUUUACGCCAUACUUCAAUACAUCCACAAACAUCACGAAAACAUAACUGAACUAACCAACGAAGUGUAUAAAUUGUUCAACGAUGACCUAUCCGUACAAGAUCAAAUAACAAUGAUAGUAGCGGAUAAAUAUUUGGAUUUGAAAGUAGUGGAGACUUGGCGAGAACUAGAAACGGAACUACAACAAAAACAUUUCAAGUGUUUUUACUCAGAUCAAGUGAUGCUCCGUACUAUAAACGAGAGAAACAGAAAAUGGGCAUUGAGACUUCAAAUCGCCCAAAAAGAGUGUAUACGCAGACAAAGGGAGAAGGACAUGAUAGAGGAGUAUAAUUUUUACCAAGAGUUGAAAGACGCCAAACUUCAAUCCAGUUUGGAAGCCUUGAAGGAACUAAAGAAAGAUGCGAGAGUAUCUCAGGAUUUGUUCAGAAGAAGCGCCAAACUAAAACAGAACUUGCAAAUCGAAUCGACAGCAGUUUGUCCUGGCAAAGCUACGUUUCAAACUACACAUAUGUACGACCUUAAUGUUACGCCUGUUUUUGAAAUGAAUGUCACCAUUGAAGAUGACGAUGCGAACGAAGAUGAUUCAGAAUAUGAAUUGGUUUCACCUGUAGAAUCCCUUCAAACGAUGCCUGCGUGUUGUGACAAUGAUACAAGUGAAGGGUUAGAUAUUGAAGAAGAAACGGACUCAAAAUGAAACUAGAACCUUAAUUUGUAUUGAAAUAGUUAUUCAUUUUUAGUUUGUAACGAAAUGAAACAAAUUUCAGGGUAAUACAAAUUAUUUACACCAGAAGCAUAUUACCAUUUGGUUUUUUACACAA